AUGCUUCAAACCAUGCCGGGAGGCGGCAUUCAGUACGCUCAGCAGCUGCCGAUGCUUCCUCAAGGUCAGAUUCUGCAACCGAUUUACCAUCAAGGAGGCCAACAACAAAUGCUCAUAUCCCCCCAAGGGAACUUCGCGCUCCAGCAAUCAAUCAAUCAGAGCAUCGCAAUGAUGCAAGCUUCCGGCCAAAAAGUACAGCAAGGCAUCCCCAUCCAGCCGGGAAAAUCGAUGAUGGCAAAGACAAGCGGUCUUAAUCAGUCCGUGAUGGCCUCCCCGUCCCGACUCAUGAUCGGUGGCCCUGCUCAGCAAAUGGUGGCUACUUCGCCCCAGGCGAUGACCAUGAGUGCCGGGUCGAAAAUCCAGGUCGUAAGCCACAAACAGCAGAACCCGAUCGCAGGAUCGGCUCAGACGUCUGGAGCAGGCUCGUCGCAGGUUUCCACCAUUCCAACCGGUCAAGCUCAAAUGUCUUCAACGAUGCCCGCCACGGGGCCAACUCAAUCGGGUCAGAUCACAGGUUCUGGCUCGCACCAACAUCCUCAAUUCGUUGCUCAGCAAAACGCCAAUGGCCAGACGUUGCUCAUAAACAUGCUCCCCCAAGCUGGCAUGAUAUCUCCGCAACCAGAUAUGUCCCAUCCAUCGCAGCAGUCGCAACAGCAGCAGCAACAACAUCAUAUCGAUGUGUCGGUGACCCACACUCAGCAGCUGCUCAACGCGAAUAAUUCUCAAAGCGUUAACCACGGCCAAGCGCAGAUUGUCAACCCAUUGCAAGCCUUCAACGCUUUCGCAAGUGGGCUCUCUUGGGCUCCUAGUCAGCUGCAGGGCAAUCAAGUCCUCCAAUCGCCUAUAUUUAUCCGGAACCAAUCGGAUGGGAGCAUCUACAUUCAUAAUCCCGCCACGACCAGCACUCAGCAACAGUUGCAACAACAACAGCAACAGUCCGUGGAGUCGUCCGCAGCCCAUCAGGGUGACGAGGCCAACGCCCCCGAUGCAACACCUUGGGCUGAAGGUGACGGUGGUGCCGCGAGGUGUUCGAGGCAUAGUACCAAGACCUCUCCGUCAAAGUUCCGCAAGCCAGUCGGAUUCAAUGAAGAGCAGGCCGAUCGAGUCGAAGUCCCUCGACAGCUCGGCCUCCCGAUGCGCAGCCUAUGA